AUGGCUCUCGGUCGAAAUUCCUCCAGAGCUGAUCAGCCACUUGGUCCUCGCCAACAUCAAGAUUCUCUGCGAGAACGUCGUCGUUGUUACUCGCAACAUAUAGAACGCAAAAGUGGAACUGCCACCAACCGCAUUGCCCAACAAGCUGAAGGCUGUUGUGGUAGUGGUACUUGUGGUACUUGUGGUGCUGGUGGAGCUAGUCGCGCUGGUGGUGUUAGUGCUGCUAAUAGUGCUGGAGGUGCUAGUGGUGUUGGUGGUGCUAGAGGUGCUUGUGGAGCUAGUGGUGGAUGUGGUGUUGGUGAUUCUAGUGGUGCUGGCAGGGCUAGUAUUUAUGGUGGUGUUGGUGGUGAUAGUGCUGCUGUAGAUGUUGGUGGUGCUAGUGGUAUUGGUUGUGCUAGAG